AUUCAAUCCAUUCUUGCCCCUCCCACCACCUCUGAACCCAUCAUGGCUCCCUACUUUUUAAUGAAUCUAAUUCCUCAACGCCAAAAGACUGAUGACGAGGCAAGACCGCUCCUGACGGCACUCGCCGGACUCUCGUGGAUACAAUGGGCACAUUUCUUCUCAGGGUGGCUAGCAUGGACCUGCGAUGCCAUUGAUUUCUUCUCCGUAUCCCUCACCGUCUCCCGAUUAGCAACCCAAUUCGACAAGAAAACGGCCGAUAUCACAACUGCUAUAACGUUAACACUCCUCUUGCGAGUCGUCGGCGCCGUCAUCUUUGGUAUUCUAUCUGACCGGUUCGGACGGAAAUGGCCCCUCGUCUUUAACCUCGUCAUCGUCGCCCUUCUCCAGCUAGGUGCAGGUUUCGUCAACACUUUCAGCGAGUUCCUCGCUGUUCGUUCCCUAUUCGGUAUCGGUAUGGGCGGUAUUUGGGGGAUGGCGGCGAGUACGGCACUUGAAAAUUUGCCCGUUGAGGCACGCGGCUUGGGAAGUGGCGUCAUGCAGCAGGGUUAUGCUGUUGGCUACCUUUUCGCUGCUUGCAUCAAUCUCAAGCUCGUCCCCGUUGUUUCGCCCACUUGGAGAGCCCUUUUCUGGACGGCGUCAGGCAUCAGCUUCUUCGCGGCGGUUAUCCGCGCCAUAUUGCCGGAAUCGGAGUACUUCCUCAAGCAGAAGGCGAGGGAGCAUGGCCACACGAAUAGCACAGAGAAGACGAAGACGUUUAUCAAGGAGACUGGAAAGAUGGUCAGAAUCCAUUGGUUGCUUUGCAUCUACGCGCUGCUCUUCAUGACCGGGUUUAACUUCCUGUCCCAUGGCUCCCAAGACUUGUAUCCCACAUAUCUCCAAGAUUCAAAAGGUAUCAGUAACCACGAUGCCACCAUUGCAACGAUCAUUGGAAAUUGCGGUGCGAUCGCCGGAGGCGCGAUAGCUGGCUUUGUUUCUCAAUACAUCGGUCGUCGGUUGACCAUCGUCAUCUUCGUCCUCCUCGUCGGAUGCUUCAUCCCUCUCUGGAUCAUCCCCAGCAGCUUUGGCGCCCUUGCUGCCGGAGCUUUCUGCAUCCAAUUCGGUGUACAAGGUGCCUGGGGUGUCGUGCCAAUCCAACUUGCCGAGAUGUCACCACCUGCAUUCCGUGCUACCUUCCCUGGCGUCGCUUAUCAGCUCGGUAACAUGGUAUCGUCCGCCAGCGCUCAGAUCGAGGCUACUGGCGGCGCCCAUGAGCGUACGACUAUCACACGUGCGAACGGCACCACAGAGAACGUUCCUGAUUACGCCAAAGUCCAGGGAAUUCUCAUUGGAUGUGUUGCGGCCUUCCUGAUCGUGGUGACGAUACUAGGACCUGAAAAUCACGGAUCACACUUCGAGAAGCACAAAACGGCAUUUGAGGAGGGCGGAGGAGAAGACGACGCUGUUGUGGACGACGACGAUGCCCCCAACCACGCAGGUCCAUCCCAUAUACGAGAGUCGGCAAGUAUAAACGAAAAGGCAUCGGUCGACCAAAAGGAGUCGGUGAAUGUUUGAUAGUGUUCUUGGAUGGAUUUUAUUAUGAUGGUCAUGUUGUUAACUAACAGAUUGUAUUCUGACGAACUUAACGUCGAUUGCUUGUACUGUACGUA